AUGGGCUCCUGGUUCUCUUCUAAUCGCAUUUUGUCGCGAGUCAGUAGAGGAAGCUACGAAGUUGGAUGUGUCGACCUAAUGGUGGCUGAGCAUCCGGCGGGCGAUCCUGGAGUAUUUGUCAGAAUAUACUAUCCCACAAAUGAAAAGGUUUUGAAGUCAAAGAAGGUUUCAGAAUUGAAUAAUUACAGGCCACGCCCACUUCUCCACGGCCGAUUUGGCCUUCUCGAGUCGAAUAUACUUACGGUUUGGGCGAAUAUUUGAAUCUUUCACAACAGAAGAUCGGCUUUCUUUCUUCCUGGAUUGUUGGUGAAAAAAAGUAAGGAUUUUCUUUUGCGAAAUUUCUGAGAACUGUUUUUCUGAGGCUCUGAUCAGAUUCGCCAGAGUCAGACCUCGAAAAAUUACGCAACAGUAGUCGCGAUUCAGCUUUCAUGAAUAAUUUUUCGAAAUUCGUGCUUAUUUUAUAGCUGCGUCGGACAUUAAACAACUUUUCUUUUAUGCAUGAUGAAAUUUGCGCAAGUCAUUGGCUGUCUGGCGCACUGAAAAAUUGGUUUAGGCAAAAAUUUUGGUCUCAUAAAAAUUGAAAAAAUGGAUAAUUUCUUACAAGAAGAAAUAAAAUAAUUCAAAAGGUUAUUCCAAAUGUUUGGUCUCUUCAGUGAUCAAAAAAAUAAGCUUUGAUAGUUUUUUCAAUAGCACUGAGAUUAAAAAAAAACAAUGUCAAAGUUUGAAAAGUCGCACGGAAAUGUAGAGAAUGCCUUCUUAAAAACUCUGAAUAGCAUCAUAAUUACAAUUUUGUAGAGAGGAUUGCUUGUCGAAUGCAGCAUUGGCAACAAAAGCUGCCUUGAACGAUGGUGAGAUUAUUUUCUAAAUUAAAAUAUUAGUUUUUCCAGAAACGAGGAAAGAAAAGUUCCCGGUUCUCGUGUUUUCUCAUGGCCUCGGCGGAUGUCGACACUAUUACUCGGUAUAUUGUACCUCAAUGGCGUCACAUGGGUAUGUGGUGGCAGCUGUCGAGCACCGGUGAGCCAAGGAUUCUUUGGACUUCUGUUCAUCAUCCACCGCAGGGACAUGUCAGCUUGUUGGACUUACGAUUUGAUUGAAGACAAUGAUGCAUUGACUGAGAAACCUAUCAAAAUGAGGAGCAUUUCUCGCGGGGAAAAAGAGUUCAAAAUCAGAAACUAUCAAGUGGGUUGGGGUAAAAAUUCCUAAUUUGCUCAAAAACUUUCCAAAACAACAAAAAUCAAAAAUUCAGGUAAACAAGCGAGUCUCAGAGUGUGUAAAAGUUUUCAAUGUGCUUGAAGAACUGAAUAUGUCUGGGAAUAUUCCUGCUAAAAUACUGGUUGGAGAAGAAUUCGACUGGGGACAAUUUAAAGUAAGAAUUAAUUUUUGAUUUUUUUUUAAUAUUUCCCGGUUUCAGAAUUGUUUGGAUGUUUCGAGAACUUUUAUCGGAGGUCAUUCUUUUGGUGGAGCCACAGCCUUAGGUUGUACCGCGUAUACAACCGACUUCCAGGUUUCAUAUUCAUUUAUCUCAGAAGCGCGAUUUUUCACUUUCGAUUUUUCGGAAAAAAAGUUCCUGAAAAAUAAAAAAAUGUUAACCUUCCAGCUUCAACAAAAAAAAGACAAAAAGAGAAUUUUUUCCCUAAUUGACGCAGUAGAAUGCCGUUACACGCAAGUAGGGUUUUGUCGGACGCUUUGUAAAAAUCACUUUCUGCCACCUUAAAGCCGGUUUACGCUACAAGGCGGUAGAAUUUCAAACUGCAUUUUAUGACUUAUCAGAACCUUGGGAGAGAGAUUUCAGAGAUUUUUUACUCGUCAAACAGAAGCCAGCUUCUAUUGAACUAUAGAGCAGUUUCUUUCAGGCAGCUAUAGUUCUUGACGGAUGGACGUUUUCCUUAGACGCUGCUCAACAGGAACAAAGCCGACAGCCUACUUUAUUCAUGAAUAUCGGUUCUUGGCAGUGGGAAGAAAAUUUGAGUGUAAUCGGCAAAAUUUCAAAGCAGAAUGUUGGAAAUGCCCUCUUCACUCUCAAGUGAGAAAAUUUGUAAAUUUAAGAUUAUUCAACGGAAAAUUAUUAUUGCUACAGAAGACCAUUGAAUUCGAGAAAAAAUAUCUUUUUUAACAAUAUUUUGAAUGUAUCGUGUAUACUUCGGUAUUUUUGUGUAUCAUUUCAUACGAUUAUUCCAUAUGCAUUUCUACAAUUGUCACUGCAGUUGAAACGGGUUUGUUUUCACAAAUUUUCUCGUAGCACCAUCUUCUUCUAUCUCAUGAGAAAGUUCAAGUUAAAAACUAAAGUACGCCUUUUUACGGUGAGACUGAACGAACUGAUAAAAAACUUGAAACGGCAAUGAACUUUUGCUUCCAAAAAAAAAAAACUACGCCUUCAAGAAGUAAAAUGCAUUUCUUUCCAGAGGAGCCGCCCAUCAAUCUUUCUCUGACUUUCCGUUCCUUUUCAACAGCUACGUGGCUCGCAAAGCUGGCGUUCAGGUGUGUUCAAAAUAUUUCUCAAGAACUUUCGUUCAAUAUUUUUAGGGUGAUACUGAGGCUAGACGAUGUAUGGAAGCGGCGGUUGAAAUGAGCAAGGCUUUCUUGGAAAAUGGAAAGGAGGGCGCCAAAACUACCAGCCAGGAAUAUUCAGAUUUUUUAACAGAAGAAUUAUACGGACGUGAAACACUUAAAACUUGA